CAGGUCUCUCGAACUUUCCUCCCUCCCUUUUUCUCAAAGAUAUUUUCUCUCUACAGACACAAACAUCCCUUUAUAGCUUCAAUUCUCCUCAAUUCCUUAAAGACAAGAACAGAAUCAACAGAACUACCCCCUUCUCGGACCUGAGUUCUUGAUCUUGUGCAUUCUUGUUCCUCUGCUAUGCUCAUUCUUUGACGACUGUGAGUUUUUAGGUUAGCUGUUUUGUGUAAAUUAAAUUGUAGUAAAGAGAUAUGGAUAGAGAAGGAGGAUCCAAAGGCGGAUCUUGCUACUACACGAUUCUUGGUAUUCGUAGGGAUGCCUCCUUCUCUGAUAUCCGUUCUGCUUACAGAAAACUAGCCAUGAAAUGGCAUCCUGAUAAGUGGGCUCAAAAUCAAAGUCCUGGGAUCGGCGGAGAAGCCAAACGGCGGUUCCAGCGAGUUCAAGAGGCUUAUUCCGUUUUAUCCGAUCAAUUUAAGAGGUCAAUGUACGAUGCUGGGCUUUACGAUCCUCUGGAGGAAGAAGACGAGGAAUUUUGUGAUUUUAUGCAAGAGAUGAUCUCCAUGAUGAACAAUGUGAAAGAUGAGGGAGAUAGUUUUGAAGAUCUGCAGAAGAUGUUUAUGGAAAUGGUUGGUGGGAAUGGCAUGGGCUUUGACUUCAAUGAUGAGCUGACGAGUACGAAGAUGGCACGUGUCAAUGCAUCAAAAGGUAAUGCAGCGAAGCGCAGCAGCUCUCGCGGUUGAUGCAUGAAUUACAAUGGAUCAUCCAACCAAGUGCAUGAAUUAUGGUGGAAAUUUGGUGUUUAUGGGGGGAUUAGUUUAGGUAACAAUUUAGUUUGUUCUUAACUUGGAAGGCUUGUGAUUAUACUCAGAUAGAAUAAAAUUUCCCUUUACUUGUUUGUCA